CUAGGGUCAAAGGGGGGAAUUGUCUGAGAUUUAUAAGUUAACUCUGUUAGAUUGAACGGGUCAGUCAGUGUUGUAUACCCAAAGAGCAAACAUAUCAAGGAACCAAGUUAUUUCAUAAGAAAACAUUUUUCAAUAUGUCCGCCAAAAUGAUGUUACGUGAUCAAGUUACCUCGAUUAUCGAUCCUUCCGAAAAGCUUCGACCGGAGCCAGUAUAUGCGGGGAAAUUGAAAAGCGACUUUAGAAACUUUAUCAUAGAUCCAGCAGAUGAGAUCAAGGAACGUGUACGCAAGACUUACGAGAACAUGCAUACUAAUCAAACGGUCGAGUUUGUGCGUUCUCGUAUGAAAGAAUGGCUACAAUUCAACAAAGCCAGAAUGACGAUUAAAGAUGCUCUUAUCAAAUUAAACGAUCUAAUCGAUGAGAGCGAUCCAGAUACAAAUUUACCAAAUAUCGUUCAUGCUUUUCAAACGGCCGAAUCUAUAAGAAAAGAUCAUCCCGAUUUAGAUUGGUUCCAUUUAACUGGACUGAUACAUGAUCUAGGAAAGAUUAUGGCGUUCUAUGGGGAACCACAAUGGGCUGUUGUGGGUGAUACAUUUCCUGUUGGUUGUGCAUGGGCUGACUCCAUAGUCUACAGGGACAGUAGCUUUGAUAAUAAUCCUGAUGGCAAGGACUCUCGUUACAAUACAAAAUAUGGGAUGUAUAAACCUCAAUGUGGUAUAGAUAAUUUGAUGAUGUCAUGGGGUCAUGAUGAAUAUCUUUAUCGUGUUAUGGUUCAUAACAAUUGUAAAUUACCUGAGAAAGCACUUGCUAUGAUUCGUUAUCAUUCGUUUUAUCCCUGGCAUGCUGGUGGUGAUUAUAUGCAUUUUUGCACACAAAACGACUUGGACAAACUCAAAUGGAUCACUGAGUUUAAUAAAUAUGAUUUAUAUACAAAAAGUGCUGGCGUACCGGAUAUUGAGAAAUUAUGGCCUUAUUAUGAGAAAUUGAUUAACAAAUAUAUUCCUGGCACGUUGGAAUGGUGAAUGGAAAAUAUUGAAAAACAAAAUGGACAUGAGUUACGCUUAAUUAAUUAUUCUUUUUCUUUUCUUUUUUUGUUUUUGUACAUACAUGCAUAUAUUUCUGUUAAUGGUUUUUAUGGGUUGACUCUUAUUCAAACGUACAUAAUAUAAAUAUAUAUGUGUGUGUGUAUAUAUAAAAUCUAUUAUUAAUUUUAUUGAAAUAAUCUACACACAUAUGUAUAUAUUCAUAUUUAAUAAUCGUAAUAAUGUUUAAUAAUAAUUAGAAUAUAUAUAUAUAUAUAUACACGUUUGCAAAUUUAAGUUCAUCGCGACGAUCUUCUUUUUUCUUUAUUGUUUCGAAAUUUCUCGAGAGAAUGAGUCGACUAUCGUUAAAAGUCGUAAAAUUAAUCAAUCAAGAUCAUAGCGAUACUAACGUUCAAUUAGAUGAGUAAUUUUCGUGUGGAUCGACUCACUUCGAACGAAACUAAUACUACGAACGUACUUUUCGUGGGAGUUCAUUUAAAUUUGUUUGAAUUCGCGGUAAAAUUUCAACGAUUCGAGGAAAUUAGCGGGAAACUUUCAACGAUUCGAAUGAAACUCAUUGAUGCUAAUGAAUUCAACCGACCAAUGAAAGGAUCGUUAAUCGUAACCUCUAAAAACAUUUCUUUUUUCUUUGAAAGAAUAUGUCGAUAAUUAAAUAAUUUUUUAAACAAAUGUGUAAAGCAAUCAAGUGAUUCAGAGUCCGUUUAAAUUCGUUCGAAUUCGCGGGUUUCGAUGAUUCGACUAAAUUCGUUUUGAAACAAUUAAUCCGACCAAUGAAAAACAUCCACUGAAUUUAAAAAUAUCGUUCUUCUUUUCUUUGUUUUUUUCUUAGCGAAAAUACGUCAAUGAUUAUAUAAUUUGACUAACAAAUUGUUAUUAUAUAUACUUUAUUAAAAAAUAUAAAUCUUUUUAAAUCAUAAGAUAUUUAUUGCUAACUGUAAACAACGAUAAGAGUUAUCGAGUAAGUGAUCAUUUAUAUUUUCGGUCGUUUCUCAACGAAAAAUUAUAAUUAAAUUUUCUGAUGGACAGUGUUUUCAAAUAAACUGCGUAUGUGUAAUAUUUAUAUAUAUUGCCAAUAUAAGACAACACAAAGAAAAGUCAA